GCAAGCGAAACUUUAAAGUUUAGUUCAUUUUUUGGCACUGGGCGGAGCGGUUCACACUAAUAAGUCAUAAGUCAUUAGUAUGCAUAAUUUUCAACUGACAUUCGUUUGCCUGGCACUGUUCACUUUUAGCAGUUCCUUUGGAUACCAUUCUGAACCUGCUCCUCACACAAAUCCGAAACAUGAUCAUCUUCUUCGGAGCACCCGUCCAUCUCCAACUACUACAAUGACAACAGAUUCAACCUCAACUAGCUUAAUGACAACAGAUUCAACCCCAAGUGAGACGCAAUCUACUUCGGAUACAUCUACUGAAGAAAGUACAGAGACUUCAGACUUCACCGAAAGUUCAACAGGGAACUUUUCCACGACAACAGAAAUUUCAAAGGACAAUGAGACUCCAAAUCGAAAAACUUUAAUAUUCUGUAUUUUUGGCACUGCAAUAUCCUUGGUUAUUUUAGUAGCUCUAAUAUACUGCAUUCGACGCCAUCAUGGUUCAUAUUCUGUGAAAGAGCAAUGCAAGCCCUUUGAAAGUACUGUAUAUUUUAAUAAUAUUAAUAAAUAAUAUUAUCUAACUAAAAGGAUUUAAAUCAUAACUUUCAAACAAAUUUGUAUAGAUUUAUAUAAUUUUUGACACGAGUCUUCAAAUACUAGAAAUAAACAUGACUCAUUUUUUUCCGGCAA